GUCUGCGGCUCGAAAGGUCGUGUUGUGUCGGAGCUGCAUCAUGAAAUAUGAAGUUUUAAAUGUUUCGUGAACGUUGACGAUUUUAACUUGCUUCGCUAAACAAUACGCAGUUUUUUCUGUCGUUGAUUUACUACAUUUAUUUGGAUAUUGCUUGCUGUCUUGUUUUAAAGAUGGGUGGAUGCUUUCAGAACAAAAUGGAUUCGAGAUCUCAUGCCUUCUUGUUUCUGAUGUUUAUUAGCGUCGCCAUCUCUGACAAUGAGGGAAACACAACGGAACCGAGGGUCACGGAACAUCCACAUAAUCAAGAACAGUUAUCCAACACAAUCAAUGAGUUCGGUUUCAAAUUGCUGACGGAGGAGAUGAAACGGAACGCGGACACAAACAUAGUCAUGUCCCCUACUGGUAUCGCAGGUCUCCUCUCGAUGGCGCUUCUGGGUAGCGCUGGCAACACAUACACGGAGCUGGCAACGGCACUCGGGUUUUCCCAAGAUAUUCUCCGAAACCGCGCGCACCACGAACGGUUCGGCUCGCUACUGCAUCUCCUGAGUAACUCUACUACAUACGCGGACGCCAUAUUGGUCGCGCCGCGUACACGCAUCCGACCGCUGUACAGAGAGUUCCUACAACGCGUGUACCAAGGCGACGCGCGCGCUGUGGAGUUUACCAACGCGCCGUUGGCUAGAGACACCGUCAAUGAAUGGAUCAAAAACCACACAAAAGGGAAAAUAGAAGAAUUUCUGAAAGAACCGCUCCCAGUCGAGACGAAGGUUGUGUUGCUGAGCGCCCUCUACUUCAGCGGACAAUGGAUGAGUCCAUUCUUGCCAGAACACACGAGGAAGAUGGCGUUCAAAACUCCCACAGGCGACGUUAUGGCCGACAUGAUGUUGAAUUUCGGACAGUUCCAAUACACAUAUUCUGCUGAAGAUGGCGUACAAAUGAUAGCUUUACCCUACAAAGACAACACAACCACGAUGUACGUGUUGAAACCACUCAAAAAGCUUGCCCUACCAGAGCUCAUGAAUCGCCUGAACUACUCCAGAAUCGACCAGCUCAUCUCCAAGAUGAUUUAUGACAGAGCGGUCAUCAGAUUCCCAAAAAUGGAUCUUAAGAACUCAAUCCAUUUAGAAGACAGCCUUAAAUCUAUAGGGCUAAGUGCGAUGUUCUCUCCAACUGCGAAUUUCGCUCUUAUGAUAGAUACGGAUAGAGAUAAUUCUAACGAGGAGUUGUUGACGAGGAUCAUUUUUGAGGAUAAGUCCCAGCAUAUAAAAGAUGCGGUGAACGGUUUGCCGAAUCCGGGGGUGCAUGUGGACACGGUGCUGCAUGAAGUUAGGAUCACUAUAGAUGAAUACGGCACGGAGGCGGUGGCGGCCUCUGGCGGGUUCCUGUCUCGCACGGCGGAGCAGUUCUACGUGGACUCCCCCUUCUACAUGUUCAUCAGAGACGAGAGCACCAAGCUAGUCACCUUCAGCGCUGCCAUCUUUAAUCCUACUCUAUCUUAGAGGAUAACCAAACGGAGACGCCAUGUCUGUCAUUUUCGGUACAAAAUAAUCUGCCGAUUUUUGUGUAGGAGGGGCACGUCAAAUGUAUACGGAACGUAAAAAUAGCCAUGUCAGAUAAAUGUCAGCCCAUACUAUGUGUAUGACCAUUGGCCGCCUAUUUUCGAAAGAAGGGAACGCCUGUUAAUACCAACUCCGUUUGACUGUCAAUUAGAAAAAAACACGCACUCGAACGCCUUGACAAUAGAGGCGUGUUUAGAUAUUUGUGAGCACCUUGCCGGAUACGGUAUAUCUGAUGGCGAUAUACGUACUUAAGUUUUAAACAGGGAUUUAGCUUUAAGGAGUUAAAAUCUGUUUUAUACUGAUUAUAAAUGUUUAUUCUGAUAAAAAGCUUUUUAAUUUUACAACUAUACUAUACAACAUAAUGCUAAUCUAAUAAUAUGCGUAUUGAACAUUUGUAUCUAGAGUGUCUACCUUUCUCUACUCUACCUCUACUAGGUACUCUAGGUAGGUUACCUCUGUUAAAUUAAUAAUGAUCAGUAGUUCAUACAUGAGAGCAGUGGCGGAUUUGCAGUCUUUGCCGCCCUAGGCCCCAAGCCUUGUAGCCGCCCCUUUCUCAGCAUCAGCACCCAUCAUAUUGACUACAUUUACAUCAGGCAACGAAAAGAUAUAUUAUAGAGGGAAAUGCAUGGUUGGGACACAUCUUUUACUUAGUAACUUUUUUGGACUCGUUAAUAGGAGGUGAACAUAUCAAAAAUAGGGGGGCUUUGGUUUAAAUGUCACAUUUUUCGGUUUUUCGCUUAUUAUAUCUCACAAAUUAUACGUCCUUGUGACAUGAUCAUAGGAACAUAGGUUUUACGAAAAAAAUAAGCAAAUAUUUAUUCAUUUUAAGUGACAGUUUUACCAAUAACACUGACUUUUUAUGUACCUACAAAAACAUUCAAAAAAUCUAAAAAAGAAAUAUAAGAAAAACAUUUUUUUUUUGCCUAUUUUCUUUUGAAUAACUGCUAAACAAUUUAUCCUAAAAUUAUAAAAAAAAAUAUUUAAGAUUCUUACAAUGAGCUCUUUGAUUUGAUAUGUAACACGAUAUAGUUUGAAAAACUUUAUUUUGAAAUUUUCUCAUUUACCACCCAAAAAUGACCUCCAUAUUUAAAAUUAAUUUAUUUACGUUACACGUCCAUCGGGUUAUUGGGUUACAAACUUACAUAUAUUAUGUGUGCCAAAUUUCAACUUAAUUGUUGUCCAGCAGUUUCGGAGAAAAUAGGCUGUGACAGACGGACAGCCAGACGCACGAGUAUAAGGGUUCCGUUUUUUCCUU